CUUCAUACGAAGCGUUCGUCAAAUUUUGACUUUUACAAAAACCCUCUCUGGAGUGUACCGUGAAUUUACCAAUUUUACUGAUUUUACUGAUUACAGGUGUCUCCGUAGUUUCUGCUGCAGAUUCUAAACACUUUAACUGAUUAUAACCUCUGAUUGCUACAAAUGUAUCAUCAUUUUAUAUAAAUUAAUAUUAUUAGUAGUAUCUACAUGUAAAAUAAAGAUAAAACAGUGUUAAACAAAUCAGUAUUAAUAUUUGAGAAAGGGAACAUACUGUAUACUUGACGAUAUAUUGAAAUGACAAAUCAAAAGCCAAUUUCUUGUGGAUUGGAUUUCUGUUGUGCUGCAAAUCUAAAUGAUUGUCUAUUCACCGCAACUUCUUCAAAAUAUGAUUUUAUCUGUGUUCCAUUGGUACAUCCUUUGCUCAAGAGAGAAUUUCUAUCAGGCCCUGCCAAAGAUCGUCCAGGACCAUUUACUAGACCUGAUAUCAUUUUAAAUAGUUCAGAUUGGAAUAAUUUAAUUAUUGGUAAAUUCUCACCAUUUAUCAAUGUGGACUCGGCCAAUCCAAUUGUUAGGAAAAAUAGCGAAGAAGCUUUGAAUCAAGAAUUAGGCUUGGCCAUGCAUUUUGGUUUGUCAGGCGUAACUUUUAAAUUAAUGAGUGGCAUAGGAAAUAAUAUGAAUCUCGCAAGAAUUAUUUGUGAGAAAUUGACAAGUAAUUAUAUUUUCCAGGUUUGGAUACAAAUACCUAUGGAAAAUCCAAUCAAGCAAACCUAUUCUUACAGAGAGGAGGAUUGUCCAACGGCUGAAAAUCCUUGGGAAUGGUGGAAUGCAUUUAGGAUAAUAUGCGACUAUAAUAGAAAAUUAGGAGUCGCAUUAAUCGUUAGUCAUGAUCUGCCUGAAUCGGAAGAGUCUUUGAAUGUAAAGAUUGACAGAUGGCUCGGGGAGCCAGUGAAAUGCUUGAUUUUACCAACGACGAUCUUUUUAACUAAUAAGAAAGGAUACCCGGUGUUAAGUAAAGCACAUCAGGCAUUAGUCAAGAAAUUUGCCACAUUAGAAGUACAGUUUAUAUUAACAGGCGCAUCACGCUACAGGAGUAUUAGCUAUUAUUACAAUUACCUUGACUAUUUGUGGAAGGGAUGUCAAAAUAGCGGAGCAGUGGAAAGAUUUGCUCGUGGGUACGAGGAUUAUUUGCAAUGUCCGUUGCAACCUCUAAUGGAUAAUCUCGAGUCGCAAACUUACGAGAUAUUCGAGAAGGAUCCUGUGAAGUACCGAGAAUACCAGAGCGCUAUAUACGAAGCCAUAAAGGAUAUCACACCGAAGGUCAACGCGGAAGGGAGGAGGAUAGUAAUCAUGGUGGUUGGUGCCGGAAGAGGACCCCUCGUAACAGCAUCUCUGAACGCUGCAGAGAUGGCCACGCAGGAAGUGAAGGUAUAUGCGGUGGAAAAGAAUCCUAACGCCGUGCUAACUUUGCAGGCUCUCGAGAGAGAUGUGUGGGAAGAUAAAGUCACGGUGGUGUCGUGCGACAUGAGAGAAUGGGACGCGCCCGAAAAGGCCGAUAUCAUUGUUUCCGAACUACUUGGAUCCUUCGGCGAUAACGAAUUAUCUCCCGAAUGUUUAGACAACGUUCUGAAGUUUCUACGAGAUGACGGAAUUAACAUACCGCAAUCAUAUACUUCGUAUAUCGCACCUAUACAGUCCUCUAAAUUAUACAAUGAGGUAAGGCAGCUCAGAGACAAAGAUAAACAUCCAUUGACUAAUUUCGAGACUCCCUACGUGGUGCAUCUUCAAAAUAAGUACGACAUAGCGAGUCCACAACCACUUUUUACAUUUAUACAUCCGAACAGAGCUAGUGCUAUCGACAACUCGAGAUACGAGACGAAAACCUUUGAUGUACAACAAGAAUGCGUGUUGCAUGGGUUUUCGGGAUACUUUAUGACGGUUCUGUACAAAAAUAUCACAUUGAGUAUAGAACCGAGCACGUAUAGCCCGGAAAUGUUCAGUUGGUUCCCAAUUUUCUUUCCACUUAAGGAGCCGGUGAAUCUGAAGGCGGAGGACCAAUUAGUAGUUCACUUCUGGCGAAAAUGUAGUUCUAAGAAAGUGUGGUACGAAUGGUGUAUCAGCCAGCCCAUUCCAGUCUCGAUUCACAAUCCAGGCGGACGUUCUUACACCAUUGGAUUGUAGUUUAAUAAUUCUGUCACUUUCACCAAUCAUUUUUGCCUUUCAUUUAUUCAGACAAAUCAGGGACGUACAAUGAAAUAAAUAGCUCAUUAUAUUUGGACUAUAGACAAAUUUUUGCAAUACAGUUCGCGACAAAUAUCUGGGCAACAUUACAUGAUGUGAAACAGUAUUUUCAUAUUCCUUUCGUUUGUUAUUUGUAAAGUUGUCCGGUGAAUUAACGCAUUAACUGCAGGGAAUGAUGUGUCUCAUCUUUGAUAGCGAAUUCAAUCAUCCAUAUUAUACCCAGAUCCAAUGUAUCCCAAAGAUUGCUACACAUUAAGGCCCAUAUUCUAAAUUCUCUUUUGAUUGAUAAAAGUCUUUAAAAGUGGCUUAGAAAUUACUUGAUCAGCUGAGAAGCCACGUUCAAGGCUUUUAUCGAUAAAAAAAAAAGAAAGAGUUCAUAAUACGGAUCAAAGUAUACAAAUAAAAUGGCGUAACAUAGGCACUUUGACGAUGGAAUAAUUGAGACUCUUGAGCAAUCACUGUGACUGUCCUUGUUUGGUGACGUCAGAAGUGAGAAAAACGCAUGCCGAGAUUUCUUGCGUUAUACUUUUUAAAUAAAAGGAUAUAUCCACAAAAUGACGUUUAUGAUCGAUUCAGCACACUUGUAAAAAUGUCCGUAUACUUUUCUUUUACUCGAACAAUCAGUAAACAGCCGCAAAAUUAUCAGCAUGUACCAAUCGGGCGGGAGUGAUCGAAUUCGCCAUUAGAAAGAAUGUGUCCAGCUUGACAUAUUAAUGCUACUUCAAUUUAGUUUUAUUGAUAGACGUACUUAGAAACAGAAUUGUUUCCUCAUCUGGUAUAUAAAUUCAGUUGCAUAAAUAAUAAUCAUUGACACUGUGAGACAAAAGAAACAAUAGGGGAAUACAGAUAUGAAAGAUAAUCGAUGCUUGGAAAGAUACGAUGGACACCGGUCAUUCCGUGGUUUUUCUUUUAUACACUUACUACGACAUAUAUAUAGUAUGAUUCAGUAUAUUAUGCUGAUAUUGUACAUACAGUAUCACAUAAUAUGGCAUAUAUGACAGAGAUGAUCUCUGAGGUCACUGAUAUCGAAUUUUGAUAACUCACAUUACGAUAUAUUCUCGAAGCGUAUGCUACUAUCAUCUGCUUAAACUCACGUGAUUAAGUACGCAGCUUGGAUAACACUGUGUAAAUUUGACAUGUUGUAACAUUAUACUAAACGUUGCCCAUGUAAUAACGGUCUCUUAUAUACGGAAUGUAUAUUUAAUGUACAUUCAAUUUUCGUAAUGAAUUUCUACUUUGUUCAAUCUUAACGUACAAGGGUAGUUUUUUCAUCUCUUAUAUAAUCACCUUCAGUUCCUUGAACGGAUUAUCCUGUCGAAACAGUGUGUAUAUCGAUGUGUGUGUGUGUGUGUAUGCGAUAUAUAUAAACAAUAUAUAAGAUAGAACAUUUGAU